AAAUGAGUAAGCAGGAAAACACUUGAUUAGUUGUGGAAAGUGACGUCAUGAACAAUUAUUUAAAUAGCUUCGUAAUAUGGCUGUCCGGAUCUUACUCGUGGUUGACUUAUAAGAUUUUCCUUCCUGUACAGUUACCCGGUCUAAAUCUGACAGUCGUGCAUCAGCGAAAAUCUGACAUGGAGCUGAAAGGAAGAGUGCUUGUAUACUCCAUCACAGGUUGCCCCCACUGUAUGAGAGCUAAAAACACGUUACAACAACAUAAUAUUCCCUAUAAUGACAUAAAUCUUGACAACUUUCCACAAUGUAGAGAAGAUGUGAAAUCUAGAACAGGAAGAAGUACUGUACCCCAGAUAUUCUUUAAUGCAACACAUGUUGGUGGAAAUGAUGAUCUCGAAAAGUUGAUUACAGACAAACCAACCUUUGCUGCAUUGGUUAAAGAAGUGCAAGAAAAUGAGGUUCCAGCAAGUGCCCCUCAGCCGCCAGAUCCCAGCACAGCUGUAAAAGAUACUGAUCUCUCUGGAUUUACAUGCGAACUAGAUGAAUAUGCUCAGUUAGUGAAAGAUCUGCGUGCAAGUGGUAUAAUUAAAGAUAAUAGACAAGGAUUGCUGACUGUCCAUAAAAACUCAUUCAGUGGCAAAGAAUUUGUGGACUGGAUAGUAAAAACAAAGGAGUUAGACAGAUCUGUUGCUAUAGAAAUGGGCCAAGCAUUAAUAGACAAACACUUCGGACACAAUGUUAAAUCACAGGAAACAUUCCAAGAUGCUGAUGUUUAUUAUAGACUUUUAGAUGAUGAUGAAACAGAGGCAUUAAAUUCAGGGACCAUGUCAAAUUGUGAACCUAGACCCGCUGGUGAAGUUGGUGAGGACAUAAGGAAGUUAAUUCUAAAGAUUUACAAUGUGUUUCUGUCCAAGGAUGGCAGGAAAGUAAAUUAUAGAGGAAUUUCAACUUCAAGUGAAUUUGAGGUGUACAAAACUCGUACGAAAGAACUUCAGAGAGUGCAAAUAGCCACUGCUAGUCGGGAGGAGAAAUUAGCUUUCUUCAUCAACAUCUAUAAUGCUCUUGUUGUCCAUGCUAAUGUGGCAUUGGGUCCUCCUAACGGACUCUGGCAAAGAUAUAAGUUUUUCAAUACAGUUAAAUAUAUAAUUGGAGGACAUUCCUAUUCUUUACAAGAUAUAGAGAAUGGAGUUUUGAGGGCUAAUAGGAAAGGUGUUGGUAUGUUCACCAAGCCAUUUUCAAAGAGUGAUCCAAGAUUUAAAAUAGCAUUGGAGAAACAUGAACCACUUAUCCAUUUUGCUUUGGUGUGUGGAGCCAAAAGUUGUCCACCAAUAAAAACAUAUUCUGUGGAGGGUAUAUAUGAGGAGUUAAAAUCAGCAGCAGAAGCUUUUCUGGAGGGAGAUGAUGGUGUUUUUAUUGACAUGAAAAAGAAGCAGAUAAAAUUAUCAAAAAUAUUAGACUGGUACCAAGAGGAUUUUGGCAAAAAUAAAGAAGAGGUUGUACAAUGGAUCAUAGCUCAUAUUGCAGAGAGUGAUAAGAAAAAACAGCUGGAAGAACUUGUUGCUGGUAAAAGUUACAAAGUCAGCUAUCUAGAAUACAACUGGGGAACCAAUGAUUAAAGAUACACUGCCAAUUUAUACUUGCCAUUUGAUAUUAGAUUUAGUUUUUUAUCAAGAAUAUGUUGUAUGCAAUAAACUUAAUUUGCAAAUUGACAGAUGUAAACUCAUUUGACUAUUCCUCUAACCAUUGUGAUCUGUAACCUAUUUCAGCAUAACAAACAUCAAGUGAAAAUUAUUUGAUAUCUUCAAAAGUAAAAAUUAAAGCCUUAAAAUGUUCAUAGAUAUUUAAUUUGAGUUGGAGUAACAAAUUAUUAAGAAUCUUGAAUUUUAAAUUAAACAUGCCUUUAACAUUUAAAGCAGAUAAAUUUUUGUUUUUGUUGUCUUCCAUUUUUUAGCUCACCUGGCCCAUAGGGCCAAGUGAGCUUUUCUCAUUACUUGGCGUCCGUCGUCGUUAACUUUUACAAAAAAUCUUCUCCUCUGAAACAACUGCGCCAAAUUUAUCCAAACUUGGCCACAAUCAUCAUUGGGGUAUCUAGUUUUAAAAAAUGUGUCCGAUGAACCCGCCUGCCAACCAAGAUGGCCGACAUGGCUAAAUAUAGAACAUAGGGGGUAAAAUGCAAGUUUUGUCUAUUAUUUUGAAAACCGUUAUAAAUAGAGAAAAUCUGACAGAGGGCAGAAAUUUUUAGAAUGUUGAGCUCUACCAAAUCUUCAUAUACGUCAAAACUGUCAGACGACUUCUUACAGGAGUUAUUGCCCUUAAAUGACAAUUUUUUUUUGUCUAUUAUCUUGAAAACUAUAAUAGAUAGAGAGUGACUUUAAAUUGCAAAAAUGAUCAGCAAGAUAAGUUCUACAAAUAAGUCUCAUGGUCGAAAUCGUCAGUCGACUCCUUAUUAGAGUUAUUGACUUUGAUGACGAUUUUUACCAAUUUUUUGCGUUUUUGCCUUAUAUCUUAAAAAUAAUGAUAAGAUAGAAACUUUAAAUCACAAAAAAUGAUCAGCAGGGCAAGAUCUACUAACAAGUCAAAUUUUGCGGAUAUAGUUAGUAGACUGUCACUCUUUACAGGAGCGUUUGCCCUUGAAUGAGGAUUUUUUUUACCCUGUUUUGUGUGUUGAGCAAAAACUAAAGAAGAUAGAAACUAAACAGACUAAAUGAUCAGCAAUACAAGAUCAACAAAACAGAGAUUUUUGUCAUGAAUUCUAUUCCGUCUACAAUGUUGGAGAGUGUCCUUUGUUGAAUAUGCACAUAGACCAAGGUGAGCAACACAGGCUUUUUAGAGCCUCUAGUUUUAAUAAAAGUAAUUCAGAUAUUUUUAAAGAAUAAAUGAUAAAUAACAUAAAACUUGCACUAACAUUGAGCCUUAGCCAUCAGUUCAAUUACAAACCAUAUAAUUGCUGAUCAGGAUGAAAGUAUUUCAGUAAAUUUGGAAUGUAAUUUGAAUACAGUGUCAUGAGUUGAUUGCAGUAGGUCAGAAUAUGACUAGAAUUUAUCUUAAAUUUAUCUUUGAUAUUAAGGACACUCCUGUCUAAGCUAAUCAGCAACAAUAAUGUGAACAAGCAAUAGAUACAGUUGGUUGGAUUUGAGAAUUUAGUGAUGAGUCUUUUGAAUGAAAAUCCUGAGUUUCUUGUUUCAGUUCACAUGAUCAAUUUGCAGAUAAAUUCUUAACUCUUGUUUAGCAAUAAUGAAUUGAAUUCAGAAUCUCAAUUUUGGAAAAACAAAAGCACCAUAUACUAGAUUAUCUGAAUUUAUCUAAAUGCAUUGCUGGUCAAUGUUAGAUAAAAGGUUUUUUUUCUGAAAAUAUUAUGAUCACCUAUAAAUUCCUGUAUAUCAGCUAUGAAAUGAUAUGAAUUUUAAUACAUAUUGACAUUAUUGUAGCCUUGCUUUGUCUGUGAUACUAAAUGACAAUUUUAUGUAUAUUUUUUUAUAUCUUUAUUUCUUAAUAAAUUCUUUUUACCUGU